AUGACAACGGGAAUGACAAUGGGAACAACAACGGGAAUGACAACGGGAAUGGGAACAAUGGGAAUAAUGGGAAUGGGAACAACAGAAAUGACAACGGGAAUGACAACGGGAAUGACAACGGGAACAACAACGGGAAUGACAAUGGGAACAACAACGGGAAUGACAACGGGAAUGACAAUGGGAAUGACAACGGGAACAACGGGAACAACGGGAAUGACAAUGGGAACAACAACAGGAAUGAACGGGAAUGACAAUGGGAACAACAACGGGAAUGGGAACAAUGGGAAUAAUGGGAAUGGGAACAACAGGAAUGACAACGGGAACAGCGGGAAUGACAAUGGGAAUGACAACAGGAAUGACAACGGGAACAACGGGAAUGAGAACGGGAAUGAGAACGGGAAUGACAACGGGAACGACAACAGGAAUGAGAACGGGAACAACAAUGGGAAUGACAACGGGAACAGCGGGAAUGACAACAGGAAUGACAACGGGAAUGGGAACAACGGGAAUGAGAACAGGAAUGACAACGGGAAUGGGAACAACGGGAACAACGGGAAUGACAACAGGAAUGAGAAUGGGAACAACAACGGGAAUGACAACGGGAACAGUGGGAACAGCGGGAAUGACAAUGGGAACAACAGUGGGAACAACGGGAACAACAGGAACAACAGGAAUGACAAUGGGAAUGACA